CAGUCCCAUCACAAACCUUCUCUAUUCUCCUCAUUCUAUUCUUCAGCAGGCUUCGAGGGUGUUUCUCUUUCCCUUCUUUGUUUCACUUUACUUUCGUUCAUUCAUUUUUAUUAUUAUUAUUCACUUCAUAAGCAGCUGCCGGACAGCAUUUUACAGCCAAGAUGCAUACUCCAUCGUUCGUGAAGCUUUUGCUUACUGGCCUGGCCGCCACUUCUGCCGUCAACGGUUUCGACCUUGGCAGGCCCACUAGCCUCGCUACUCGCCAUGUUGGUGCCCUAGUUGCUCUUGCUGGAUCAGCAUUAGCACUCCCAGCCGUGGAGCGCCGCGCUGAGAUCGAGACACCAAGGAUCGCGGCUCGUGAGCCCCACCACGCCGGCAAAGGCACUGGCAAAAAGAAGGGCGGCAAGAAGAACGGUGGUAAGAAGAACGGCAGACGUGACCUUGAGGAGGCCGAUACCGAGGCCGACGAGGAGCACGAUCUUGAGACCCGCGCCCCCCACCAUGCCGGCAAAGGCACUGGUAAAAAGAAGGGCGGCAAGAAGAACGGUGGUAAGAAGAACGGCAGACGUGACCUUGAGGAGGCCGAUACCGAGGCCGACGAGGAGCACGAUCUCGAGACCCGCUCACCCCACCAUGCCGGUAAGGGUACCGGCAAGAAGAAGGGCGGCAAGAAGAACGGUGGCAAGAAGAACGGCAGGCGUGAUCUUGACGAGGUCGAUGCCGAUGAAGAGGAGCACGAUCUCGAAACCCGUUCACCCCACCAUGCCGGCAAAGGCACUGGUAAAAAGAAGGGCGGCAAGAAGAACGGUGGUAAGAAGAACGGCAGACGUGACCUUGAGGAGGCCGAUACCGAGGCCGACGAGGAGCACGAUCUCGAGACCCGCUCACCCCACCAUGCCGGUAAGGGUACCGGCAAGAAGAAGGGCGGCAAGAAGAACGGUGGCAAGAAGAACGGCAGGCGUGAUCUUGACGAGGUCGAUGCCGAUGAAGAGGAGCACGAUCUCGAAACCCGUUCACCCCACCAUGCCGGCAAAGGCACCGGCAAGAAGAAGGGCGGCAAAAAGAACGGCGGCAAGAAGAACGGCAGACGUGAUCUUGACGAGGUUGAUGCCGAUGAAGAGGAGCACGAUCUCGAAACCCGCUCACCUCAUCAUGCCGGCAAAGGCACCGGCAAGAAGAAGGGCGGCAAGAAGAACGGCGGUAAGAAGAACGGCAGACGUGAUCUUGACGAGGUUGAUGCCGACGAAGAGGAGCACGAUCUCGAGACCCGCUCACCCCACCAUGCCGGUAAGGGUACCGGCAAGAAGAAGGGCGGCAAGAAGAACGGUGGCAAGAAGAACGGCAGGCGUGAUAUGGAGUCCAUUGCUGCUUGA